CCCACCAAAUGAGUAGUCUCCCAUUCUGACCCUUCCUCCCGUCGCCGACGCCCUAAACCCCGCAAGAAACACCACACCUCGCCGCCGGCGACCCACCGGAGAGCGGGCAAGCCAGCCUCCCGCGCCGCCCACCCCAUGGCGUCCCGCCGGUCGCUCCAUCUCCUCACUGCCUCCCGCGGCAUCUUCUCCACCCCGCACCUCGCCUCCCUCGGCUGGUUCGACAAGAUCAAGAGCACCUUCACCGGCAAGAAGCCCGACGAGGCCACCGACCCCUCCGCCAACUUCACCCUACUCCAGUUCGCGGAUUCGAUGGAGAAGGCGAGGAAGCUGGGGACGUUCAAGAACUUCGUGAUGGGGCGGUGCAGCGAGGCCACCGUCGUCAACGCCUUCGAGAAGCACUCCGCCGUCCUCCGCUACCUCGGCACCAUCGACCCCACCGGCGAGAAACUCAAGAACAGCGACAAGAUCGGUGCCACCAAGCACUGCAACUGCACGAUUGCGGAUGUGGAGCACAUACUGGCCAAGUACACAUGGGCUAAGGAGGCUCAGAAGAAGAUAGUAAAGCUCAAAGAAGAAGGGAAGCCGUUGCCGAAGAACUUCAAUGAGGUGAAAAACCUAAUGGGUUCUACACCACUGGACGUUGGCAGAUCUAAUCUGGAAAAGAGUGGACAGAUAAGUAGAAAUGCUAUGUGCCCCUGUGGUUCUAAGAAACGAUAUAAAAAGUGCUGUGGAGCUUCUUGAAGUGAAGACCAUGUUUUCCUUUGUGCUGACCACAUGAAAUAUUUUGAUUAGCCAUGAUCAAGAAGAGCAUUCCUCUCUUUUUUUUUCACUUCAGCAGCAAUGCAGAUCAUCCUGCCACAAACCUGACAUUGAAAUAUGUAAAGCACCAUAACUGAGGUUUGCAUGACUGAGUUUUUUUUUUGCCAAAAUUGCAUUACAUCUAAGCCGGCUUUGUUGUUAAAUUUGCUUGUUUAUAUAAGAAGUCAUGGAAAUAUCCAUCACAUUCUGCGUAGAAAGCCUGAACUUUGUUCAAGCAA